AUGACUGUCAAUCUGGCCGAUGACGAGCUGUUUACCAGUGCCAUCUCCGGAUACCGCGAAGCAUUUUUGGUUCAACACUCCCACCUCUCGGAACCCGAACGAAAUCAACUCUGGAUCGAACGGCUAAGCCAGUUCAUUCCCUCCCGUGACCGGAAUGACUGGAAUGACUGGAAGCCCGCUGGGAACCUGGGGAAACGGACUCGACAGGACGCGACUCCGCGCACGCUGCCAUCUGGCGCGGGUCUCCCUCGGGCAAAACGGAGAGCCACCACCCCGGAGCUCCCGGUCGACCUGAUGCGCGGUCUCUCGAACGCAUCCUCCCCCAACCUCCCUCGGACGGACGUCCCCGGGAGCCACGGCUCCUAUCGACACACCCCGAUGGUGCGCUCCCAAAGCCAACAGAUCCCGGUCUCCCAUCGGCAUCAACCGGCCGGAGCCGCCAUGGGGAAACGGCAAUCCUUUGGCCCGGUCCAAACCCAGCGUCGCCUCGAUCAUGUCGACGAAUAUUCGCCCUCCGAGUACACGCGCCAUUUGGAGAACUUCCCCCGACCCCUCUAUGACUCGGCCUUGACGUCGGGACUCGCGAAUCAUGGACGGACUGGACCCUCGCCAUACCCGCAGUACCCUGGACCGACGCCCUGGAACGACCAGGCUCCCACCGGUGCAGCGGAGAUGUCUCGCAGCGGAACCACCGACUCCUUGGUUGGCGGAAUCAACAUGUUCCGCUUCGACUCCAAUGGGCCCCAAGAGCCGACCGACUCCAUCCCACCCGAAUGGGUGCCCACGUCCACCGGCUUGCCAUAUCAAAGCCCCUUUCUUUCCGUGUAUCCUGACCUAGAUCCCCCCAUGUCUCUCCCUUACUCCCACCCCUCAUUCUCCACCUCCGCCCCCGCAACCACCUCCUUCCGUUACCCCAUGCCCCAUGCCCUCCCCUUCGACGCCGUGGAAAUGAAGGUGUCAGACUCAACCGACAGCAACAAUUCCGCCACUCUGCGCUCGCGCGCCUCGCGCCGCGCCAAAGAGCAGAUCGCCCACGGCGCCCGCCCCAUUGCGCCCAAGCGCGAAAGCGACCCCAUGGUGCCCAGUCUGGACUCCAUCGACCCGCACAAGAUUGUCCGCAUCUCCCCAACAGACGGCACCGCCAAGGAAGUUGCCGCGAUCCCCAAAGCAUCCAUCCAGCGACCUCCACGCCAGAAGACCUAUUGUCAUCUCUGCAACGACCAGCCAGAUGGGUUCCACGGCGAGCACGAACUGCGCCGACACAUCGAGCGGGUUCACGCCUCCAUCCGCCGCGUCUGGGUGUGCGUGGACAUCUCCCCCGACAAGAGCUUCCUAGCCAACUGCAAAGCCUGUCGCAACGGCAAGCGGUACGGCGCGAACUACAACGCCGCCGCGCACCUGCGCCGCACGCAUUUCAACCCCUGUCAGCGCGGCCGCGGAGGCCGCGGCAAGGACAGCGAGAAGCGCGGCGGGAAAGGCGGAGGCAACUCCCCUUCCAUGGACGUGCUGAAGCACUGGAUGGUGCCCACCGAAGAGGUAGCGUCUGAUGGCUCCCUGGCCACGGCGACUCAGAUCCAGGCGGCGAGCAGUGCGCCCAGCGUCGAUUCGGGCGUGGGACUGGUCGCUUCGUAUGGUGUCCCAGAAGCCAAUUCGUACGUGGUCGAGUCUGCCCUGCUGGACGAGCAUGACCAGUUCCCUGAAUUUCCUGAUGCGCCCUUCGAGCUUGAUUUCGAGAUCGGGUUGGACGUGGAGGUGGACCCUUCGCUGAACUCGCCGUUCUCGAUGGAUUCGCAGUCGUCGUAUUCGUCCGGGUUCCGUAUGUGUGAGCGAUCGUAG